AUGUGGGUAGAGAAGAAUAUCGAUAUGGACGGGGAAAGGCCUCUGGCGACGGAUAUUCCGACUGCAGAAAGCUUGAAGUUGACUUCGUCUGCGACAGCGGGGUCAUCUAGUUCUACUUUCCAGCCCAUGAUACCUACAGAAGGUACCCUCAAACGAGAUGACUGGAUGUUGGAAGAACCAACCGCUCAGGCUCCUCGGCCUUCAUCAACACUUGGCGGUGGAGUAGAUUUCUUCUCCAGUCUCGGUACAGAAGUCCGCAAAAAGAAUCUGCAACCUAACAAACCUGAUCCAGACAAGCCGGUCAUCAGCUCAAGGGAGCUCAAUACGAGUCUCAGAGAAGGCAAAUCCAUCGAUGAAUCCCCGGCUACUGCACCCAAAGCAAAUGUUCCGGGAGGACCUGGAUCACAGUGGAGGAUGAUCCGACUUCGACGUGUCUUCGAAACCGCCGAAGAAGAGGGACUACCCGUUGAACAGGUAGCAAUGGAACGUUUUGGCUCAUUGGAGGCAUUCGAGGAAGCUAAAGAAGAGCGGCGAAUAUUGGAUGAACGAGAAGGCAAGCGGGCACAUCGGACCACUGGUUCCGAGCGGCGUGGUAGGUCUGAAGGGGAGAAAAGAAUAAUGUUCAACGACAUUGAAGGCAGUGGUGCAUCCAGUCGCAGCUCUUCCUUCCGUCGACCAGGUGGUCGCGCCGAAAGCGGGCCGUCUACACCAACUCCAGGCGGACCUCCCCCGGUUAAUCGACGGUUGGACAGCCUCCGUUUGCCCUCACAGGCCGCAUCCCCCUUGCAGCAAUCUCAAACUCCCAUACCGUCGGUGUUGACUCCACCCUCGGGUGUUCGCGGUUCCUCGUCACGAGGGCUGUCGCCUUCUUCCUUGAAUAAAUUGCAAGCGAAAGUUCUUCGUGCAAAACUGAUGGGUGCAGCUGAUGCUGAGGAACUGGAGAAAGAGUACGAGGCUGCUUCCAAGGCAACGUAUCGCAGCGACGAGGGAGGCUCUGUACGGACAAAGGUCGAGGUGUUGCCCACUCUGGAUGGGCAGGGCCGGCUGUAUGACGUUGGGCAUGGCAAAAAUGAUGACGGUGCGGUUUUGCCUGGGAAUCGUAAAAAGAAGGAAAAGGUCGAAACAAGAGAUCCAAAGACCGGUGACUUGGUCAGGAUCAAUGCGGAUGAUGACUCGACGACUUUGGGCGAGAUGCUGCGGCAAGAGAAGUUUGGUGGUGGAAUGUCAGACCAAAAGAACUUGGACGCUCAGUUUGCCCGUGCUAUCAUGGGAGAUGGCAAAUUCCAGAAUGAUCUUGACUAUAUGGACGAAAAUGUGGAAAAACUCAGUCGACAGAAGAUGCGUUCGGAUGCUAUGAAGCGCCAGUUUGCUAUUAACGACUAUAAACGUACCCAGAAAGUCCUCGCUACGUGUCAUUUUUGCUUUGGAGAGGACGAUUCGCCUCCCAAAGCCCCGGUCAUUGCGAUGGGAACACGAGCGUAUCUUUCUUGCACCACGAAUGAGGAACUAGUCAAGGGCCAUUGUCUGAUAGUGCCGAUACAACAUCAUUUAACAAUGCUAGAUGGAGACGACGACGUGUGGGACGAAGUUAGGAACUUCAUGAAAUGUCUGAUGCGUAUGUUUGCCGAGGAAGAUCAAGGUGUCCUGUUCUAUGAAACGGUCAUUUCAUUGAAGAAACAAAAACACACCUGCAUCGAAUGCGUCCCUCUACCUUGGAACCAAUACGACCUUAUCCCAGGCUACUUCAAGGAAUCAAUAUUGACGUCGGAGGCUGAAUGGUCACAGCAUAAGAAGCUGAUUGACUUUUCCAAGCGACCAGGUGGUUUCCGACGCGCGAUGGUUCCCAAUUUGCCCUACUUCAUGGUUCAGUUUGACCAUAAAGGAGAAAGGGGAUAUGGACACGUCAUCGAAGGUGUCAGCGAUGGCGCUGACGGAGAAGAAGGCAUAGACGAAGGGGAGAAAGGUUCUGGGGAGUUUCCAUGGUACUUUGCUGGAGAAAUUAUUGGAAACAUUUUGGAACUGGAGCCGCGUCAGUGGAGGAGACCGAGACGGAUAGACUUUCGGAUGAACUCUGAGCGCGUGACUGAGUUUAGGAAGAAGUAUGCCAAGUUUGACUGGACGGGGAUGAUCGGGAAAUAAUGUAUUGUGUAUCUUUGGACUGAAGACUGGUUGCGAUCCUUUCGACUGUGGUGGGCUCGCCAAAUCUCGAUUUAUUAAGCAAGAUGGAGCUAGCAGCAAGUUGAAACGACCGCCUACAACCGCGCUUGAUCAAAGUAC